AUGCUGACCAAGCCCACCUUGUCAACUCGACUCUUCCAGUUGGAAGAGUGGCUGGGUUUUUUACUAACCCUCAAUGAGACUAUCAGGUGCCCUGUAAUAGGUACCCUAACUCUGAAAAGUAGCUAUUAUUGUCUUCGUUUUUAUUCCCUACCAUCUGCUCCAAGCUCCCUGCCUCAUCUUACCAAAGUCUCCCUCCCGCCAGUGUUCUAUGCAGAAUCACCACAUACACUCUGGCCUAGGGGAGGGGCUGGGAGGAGCCGAGUGGGGGCUUCUUGUCGCAGAGUCGGACUGCGCCUGCGCGGACUGCAGCAGAGGGCGGAGUGUAAACCGCCAAAUACACUGAGACUAGCGUUCACUGUUGGGCACGAAAGUUCCCUCCGCCGCCGCCGCCGCCGCGGUGCAAAGGCCACUGCGCACAACAGCAGCUGGGGUGAAAUGCAGGCCCUUAACGCCCCGGGCCUUCCCGCUACUAUUCCAGGCUUAGACGCUCCCCAGGGUUCCAGCGAUCCCCAGAUCCUCCAGAGCCUCUGCACGUUUGAGGGCCAGAACACCUCUGUGCUGCUCACCCCUGGUGAGGGCCCAAGCACCUCUGCGCUGCCCAUUGCAUCAGAGGGCUCAAACACCUCUAGGCAGCCCACUGUCUCUGAGAGAUCGAGCACCUCUCUGCUGCUAACACCCAGUGGGGGCCCAAUCACCUCCAAGACUCCUGCCGUCUCUGAGGGGCUGAGUGUCUUGGUGCCCCUCACCCCCAGUGAGGGACUGAGUAUCUCCGUGCCGCCCACACCGGGUGAGUCCUCAAGCACUUUUGUGCCGCCCACUGCUUCUGAUGGACACAGCACCUCUGGGCUGAUCACCCCCAAUGAGGGACCGCACACUACCAGGCUGCCCAACACUAGUGAGGGACCAGGCAUUUCUGGGCCGCCCAGCACAUCUCAGGGACUAAUCGUCUCUGUGCUGCCCACCCCUGGUGAGGGACAGAGCACCUCCUGGCUGUCCACUGCAUCUGAAGGAUCACAUAUUUCUGUGCCACCCACCCACAGGGAGGUCCUUAGCACCUCCUUGCUGCCCACUGCAUCUGAAGGAUCACAUAUUUCUGUGCCAUCCACCCACAGGGGGGUCCUUAGCACCUCCUGGAUGCCCACUGCCUCUGAGGACGCUGCAGUAUUAUUGAGCUCAAGUGCUUCUGUGGGCCAGAACCCCACCAAGUGCCCUAUUGCUUUGCCACACCCUAAACUUUCUAAGGCUUCUUUGGACUCAGAGGGCCCCACGGGUGCAGAAGGCCCCAUGGAAUUACAGGACCUGAGAGACUGUGACAGUUCCAACUCCGUUACCAUUAAGGGCCUCAGUAGUUCUCAAAUCAAUAAUCUGAAGCCCUGGGACCCUAUGGAACAGAAUGUGGCUGAGUUGUUGCAGUUCCUACUGGUAAAGGAUCAGAGCAAAUACUCUAUCCGAGAGUCUGAAAUGCUGCAAUAUGUUGUUAAAGAAUAUCACAACCAGUUCCCUGAGAUCCUCAGACGAGUAGCAGCCCACCUGGAUUGCAUUUUUAGGUUUGAAUUAAGGGAACUUGACCCUGAGCAACGCACCUACAUUCUGCUCAACAAACUGGGACCUGUGCCUUUUGAAGGGUUAGAAGAGAGCCCAAAUGGGCCAAAGAUGGGCCUCUUGAUGAUGAUCCUAGGACAAAUAUUUCUGAACGGCAACCAAGCCAAAGAGACUGAGAUUUGGGAAAUGCUCUGGAGGAUGGGGGUGCAGAGGGAGAGGCGGGGUUCCAUAUUUGGGAACCCAAAGAGACUUCUGUCUGUAGAGUUUGUAUGGCAGCGUUACUUGGACUACAGGCCAAUAACUGAUUGUGACCCAGUGGAGUAUGAAUUUUUCUGGGGCCCAAGGUCCCAUGUAGAAACCACCAAGAUGAAAAUUCUGAAGUUCAUGGCUAAAGUCUAUAAUAAAGAUCCUAUGGAUUGGCCAGAGCAAUACAAUGAGGCUCUGGAAGAAGAUGCUAGCAGAGGUGCUGCUGAGGGUUGGCAGGCUCUGCCUCCCCACAGGAGGCACUUUUUUGAAGAAGCUGCUGCAGAGGUAGCAACCCCUGAUUCAGAGAUUUCCACUUAUUCCUCAAAAUAUCCCCCUCAUUCAUGGCCUGAGUCAAGAUUGGAGAGCAAAGCAAGGAAGUUGGUGCAGUUAUUUCUGCUCAUGGAUUCAACUAAGCUGCCUAUACCAAAGAAAGGAAUUCUCUACUACAUUGGCCGAGAGUGCAGUAAAGUGUUCCCUGACCUCCUGAAUCGUGCUGCUCGCACCCUGAACCAUGUCUAUGGGACAGAGCUAGUGGUACUUGAUCCCAGGAACCACUCCUAUACCUUGUACAACCGAAGGGAAAUGGAAGAAAUUGAAGAGAUUGUAGACAGUCCAAACAGGCCUGGCAACAACUUCUUAAUGCAGGUCCUAAGCUUCAUCUUCAUAAUGGGCAACCACGCCAAGGAGUCUGCAGUCUGGGCCUUUCUGCGUGGUUUAGGGGUUCAGUCUGGAAGAAAGCAUGUGAUUACCUGUAGGUAUUUGAGUCAGCGUUACAUAGACAGUUUACGGGUUCCUGACAGUGAUCCAGUCCAGUAUGAAUUUGUAUGGGGCCCUAGAGCUCGCUUGGAAACCUCCAAAAUGAAAGCCCUACGAUACAUGGCCAGAAUCCACAGAAAAGAACCACAGGACUGGCCCCAGCAGUACAGAGAGGCAUUAGAAGAUGAGGCCAAUAGGGCUAAUGUUGAACACAGGCAGUUUUUUGUGCACAACUUCAGAUAGAGAAAUGUGUAUCAGUCAGAGGGGCCUUGUGAGGUUGAGCCCUAGGGCCCUGAGUCUCAUGUAUUAGCAUGGCAGGUAUAUUAUUGUGUUUGGUAUUUAUAUUCCAGUUCCAUUUAUGUCUUUUCAUAUUUUAUUCUUUGGUAUCUUGAAAUGUUUCAGCUGUUUUAAUAUCCUGUCCAGUAGGGUAAAUGUGAUUGACCACUUGCUAUCUUUGUUGUAUUUUGGUAUAAGAGUUUUGAUAGCUUUAUAAAAUACUUUGGGACUCUUUCCAUCUUGCUGCAUUAUCUAGAAGAGAAUAUAUAGCAUAUAGCUAUAGAUAUAGGCUUUUCCUUGAAAGUUUGAAAAGAUUCACUGAUAGUGAUCUACCUUCAGGUGUUAAACAAAUAUAACAACAUCCGAAAAAGCACUCUGAAUUGUGGCUGGCCUCCCUUGCUUCUGCUGUUGUGUGAAGAAUACUGAGGUUUACAUGUAUUUGCUUUACUGUACUAAAUGUAAUGAAAAAUAAAAGUUUAA